CUGGCGGGCCGGGCCAUGGCCGCCGUGCGCCCCGCGCUGCUGCUGCCGCCGCUGCUGCUGCUGCUGGGGGCCCCGGGCCGGGGGGCGGCCCCGGGCGGGAACGCCACGGCCGGCGGCAGCGCGCGGGCCGCCGUGCCGCCCACCAGCCCGCCGGCGCUGAGCCGCUGCGGCCGCGCCGCCCCCUGCGAGCCGCUGCGCUUCAACGUGUGCCUGGGCUCGGCGCUGCCCUACGGGGCCACGUCCACGCUGCUGGCCGGGGACUCGGAGUCGCAGGAGGAGGCGCACGGCAAGCUCGUGCUCUGGUCGGGCCUCCGGAACGCCCCCCGCUGCUGGGCCGUGAUCCAGCCCCUGCUGUGCGCUGUCUACAUGCCCAAGUGUGAGAAUGACCGGGUGGAGCUGCCCAGCCGCACCCUGUGCCAGGCCACGCGCGGCCCCUGCGCCAUCGUGGAGCGGGAGCGGGGCUGGCCUGACUUCCUGCGCUGCACGCCGGACCGCUUCCCCGAAGGCUGCCCGAACGAGGUGCACAACAUCCGGUUCAACAGCUCGGGCCAGUGUGAGGCGCCGCUGGUGCGGACGGACAACCCCAAGAGCUGGUACGAGGACGUGGAGGGCUGCGGCAUCCAGUGCCAGAACCCGCUCUUCACGGAGGCGGAGCACCAGGACAUGCACGGCUACAUCGCGGCCUUCGGCGCCGUCACGGGCCUCUGCACGCUCUUCACGCUGGCCACCUUCGUGGCCGACUGGCGGAACUCCAACCGCUACCCCGCCGUCAUCCUCUUCUACGUCAACGCCUGCUUCUUCGUGGGCAGCCUGGGCUGGCUGGCGCAGUUCAUGGACGGCGCCCGCCGCGAGAUCGUCUGCCGGGCGGACGGCACCAUGAGGUUCGGGGAGCCCACCUCCAGCGAGACCCUGUCCUGUGUCAUCAUCUUCGUCAUCGUGUACUAUGCCCUGAUGGCCGGCGUGGUCUGGUUCGUGGUCCUCACCUACGCCUGGCACACCUCCUUCAAGGCCCUGGGCACCACCUACCAGCCGCUCUCGGGCAAGACGUCCUACUUCCACCUGCUCACGUGGUCGCUGCCCUUCGUCCUCACCGUGGCGAUCCUCGCUGUGGCGCAGGUGGACGGAGACUCCGUGAGCGGCAUCUGCUUCGUGGGCUACAAGAACUACCGCUACCGUGCCGGCUUCGUGCUGGCUCCCAUCGGCCUGGUGCUCCUCGUGGGGGGCUACUUCCUCAUCCGGGGGGUCAUGACGCUGUUCUCCAUCAAGAGCAACCACCCUGGGCUUCUGAGUGAGAAGGCCGCCAGCAAGAUCAAUGAGACGAUGCUACGCCUGGGCAUUUUUGGCUUCCUGGCCUUUGGCUUUGUGCUCAUCACCUUUAGCUGCCACUUCUAUGACUUCUUCAACCAGGCUGAGUGGGAGAGGAGCUUCCGGGACUACGUGCUAUGCCAGGCCAACGUGACCAUCGGGCUGCCUACCAAGAAGCCCAUUCCUGACUGCGAGAUCAAGAACCGGCCUAGCCUCCUGGUGGAGAAGAUCAACCUAUUUGCCAUGUUUGGCACGGGCAUUGCCAUGAGCACCUGGGUGUGGACCAAGGCCACCCUGCUCAUCUGGAGGCGGACCUGGUGCAGGUUGACGGGGCAGAGUGAUGAUGAGCCGAAGCGGAUCAAGAAGAGCAAGAUGAUCGCCAAGGCCUUCUCUAAGCGGCGUGAGCUGCUGCAGAACCCGGGUCAGGAGCUGUCCUUCAGCAUGCACACCGUCUCCCACGAUGGACCCGUGGCGGGUUUGGCUUUUGACCUCAAUGAACCAUCAGCUGAUGUCUCCUCGGCCUGGGCCCAGCACGUCACCAAAAUGGUAGCUCGGAGAGGAGCCAUACUGCCCCAGGACGUGUCUGUCACGCCUGUGGCGACUCCGGUGCCACCGGAACAACAAGCCAGUCUGUGGCUGGUUGAGGCAGAGACCUCCCCAGAGCGAGAGAAGCGCUUGGGCCGGAGGAAGAAGCGGAGGAAGAGGAAGAAGGAGGUGUGCCCCUUGGGGCCCGCCCCGGAGCUUCACCACCUCAGCCCUGGCCCCGGCCCUGCCCCCAGUGCGGUUCCCCGGCUGCCCCAGCUGCCCCAGCAGAAGUGCCUGGUCGCCGCCAACGCCUGGGGAGCGGGGGAGCCCUGCCGACAGGGAGCCUGGACACUCGUCUCCAGCCCCUUCUGCCCGGAGCCCAGUCCCCGACAAGACGCUUUUCUCCCUGGUGCCUCGGCCCCGAGGGCCUGGGCUCAGGGCCGCCUCCAGGGCCUGGGGUCCAUUCAUUCCCGCACUAACCUGAUGGAGGCUGAGCUCCUGGAUGCAGACUCGGACUUCUGAGCCCGCAGGGCAGGGCAGAUGAAUACACACCUUUCUGCGGUUCUUCUGAGAGCUCACCUGGGGUCUCGUCUGACUGUGGCCCAGCGCCUGCCCAUGGGAGUUGUGUGUGUCCGGCUAGAAGCAGCCCGACUGUGGGAAGCUGUAUCAAUGGAUAGAACGGUGCUCGCUCCCGUCAGGAGGCCUGCAGCUCAGGACCCUUGCUUCUGCCCACCAGCUAGAGUCUGGCUGGCAGUGCCGGUCUCCAGCAGAGCUUGCACCAGGGCAGGAAUGGCAGAGGCAGGGGGGACGGCUGGCAGGUGAGGGCUGGCUGCCCUUCUCUCUGCCAGGAUUUCCGACGAGUGUUUGCUGUGUCUUUUGUUCUUUGUCUAAGUGGGGACAGGACUGUUCUUCCUCUUUUGGGUAGUUGUAAGGACCACUCCCAUAAGGGCUAUAACUGCCUUCCACAGGAAACACAUCCCGUUUUCCUGUGCUAGCUCCCACAGUCGCAUCUCAGUUCCAAGCUCUUCCUUCUAGCACCCUAAAACUGCGGCGAACACGCACGCACACACACACACACACACACACACACACACACACGUCCCUUACUGCUGAGCUUGGUCUCCAGGUAAGAGACUGGUUCAGUUCCAGGCCUCUGAGAACAUGUCCGCUCUUCCUCACAGCCAUGCGGUGGGGACUUACGGGGCUCCCUUGGGAGGCUUCUGUUGCUUCAGCCUGGCAAGGAAGCUCCCUCCAACUUCUGUAUCUGGUGGGAGGGGUACCCCCCACUUUUUACAAUGUCUGGUCACAUUCCUAGUGCCCCACAUCAGGAGCCAGGCAGAGGGUGCCUUAGAAGCUGGCUGGGUUCCAGGUCGGGACUGGUAUGAAAAGAACUAUAAACAGCAAAUAAAACAUUUUUGUAUAAGCUCA